UUUCCCGUCUUUCUCUCCUUCAGACGGAUUUACCCGCGUUCACGUAGUCAAACUUUCGCGCAACGAGGAUCCUUUCAUUUCCUUCCUUUUCUUUUCUUUUUUCAUUUGUUUAAUAUCAAAGUUACCAUCGACUUCCAGGUAUACGCGGAAACGCCGAUUCUAAAAUUAAAAAUGAGUCUCCUACGAGCAAUCAACAAUCCUCCACAUUUUAUUAUUUAUUUCCAUACUUUUAUUAUAUUAUUUUCGUUGAUAAUUUACAACGUAGAAUCAGGUUCCUCCAUAAAGCCAGAAACGGUCCUUUCGAAUAUUUUCAUGCGACCGUUUGAACCUACUAAGUGGAGUACGAAAGAAUGUCAACGGGAUAGCGCCAUCUACUUGGAGGAACUCUCGCGUUAUACACCAUGGGCUUUGAAAAUGUACGACGCAUCGGUAAAAAUACCGACCGGUAUCAUAACUGGAAAUUACAAGCAGUUGGGCAAUUACAACGAAUGUCUGCAGGUUAAGAGCGAUCAAGGAAUUUCUGGUCAAUCCUGUAGCGCUACUAUACAAUUCGAAGUAGCAGAAAAUAAUAGCACAUCCAAAGAAUUAAAUCUUGCUAAUUUGCUGAUAAACAUCGCUGCAGCAUCCAACGCAACAAAAUGGCAGUCGGGGAAUACAAUCGCUUACGAAUGGAUGUUGUGCGUACCAUCGAGUUGCAAUCAUUCGGAAGUUCAAGAAUUUUUGGAAAUCCAUAUGGAUCCCUUAAAGGUCGAAGGUCGGCUUGAUUUUGUGAUAAACGUUCCAAUAACAUCUUGCCAUACUUUGGAAUCCGAACGGACAAGGUUCGAUCUAUCCGAUUGGAUUUACAUAUCUAUUCUUCUUAUCUUUUCGUUGAUAAUUAUCGUUAGUACGACUUUCGAUAUCUUAUGUAAAGGACAUUUGAGUUCAUCGAACCGAAAAGGUAAAAAAUAUAUUUUAUUAAACAGCUUUUCAAUUUAUACCAAUUGCAAGAAUCUAUUCAAUACCGACAGACCUCAAGGUUGUAUCGCUUGUUUGGAUGGAUUACGAUUUAUAAGUAUAUGCUGGAUCAUUUACGGACAUACUUAUUACAUUGAAGUAAUGGGUAUUAAUAUGGAUUUGACUCAAGUACCAAAGUUGCAUGAAAAUUGGAGUAAGAUGUUGGUGUUAAAUGGAAACAUGGUCACGGAUACCUUUUUUUUACUCAGUGGAAUUCUUCUUGCUUACACUGAGGUCAUGAAAAAGGUGAAAAGCAAUAAUUGGAAGUUUGACGUUAUCGGUCUUUACCUCCAUCGUUAUGCAAGAUUAACACCAGCGUAUGCCAUGAUGAUAGGAUUCUAUUCCACUUUAUAUCAUAAAUUUGGAAGUGGUCCGCAUUGGAAUACGUGGGUUGGUUUAAAUCGAAAUUAUUGUCGUGAAAAUUGGUGGACCAAUCUUCUUUACAUCAACAAUUAUGUCAACGUUGCCGACAUGUGCAUGUCACAAUCCUGGUACCUGGCAGUUGAUAUGCAGUUGAUUUGGUUAUCGCCGAUCUUUCUUUACCCGAUGCUCAGUUCAAUGAGAAAAAUAUUUUUCUGGAUAAUCAUCAGUUUAGCUUUUGUGUUAUCGAUAAUCUUACCCUUCACCAUGACAUUUUUCAAUCGAUUUACUGCAACUAUGUUAUACUAUAAGGAACAAAAUGAUGUAGCUAAUGUUUUCUUAUAUAUUUAUACAAGAGUAUACACCAGAGCUGGGCCUUACAUCAUUGGUUUAGCAUUAGGUUAUUUAUUGGCUAAAAGAAAUUCUUAUGAUAUCAAGUUAAAAAAGCUUUAUGUAAUCAUCGGAUGGUUGAUUGCCAUUCCAAUAGCACUGUCAGCUGUUCUUGGUGCACGAGAAAUGUAUUUUGAUGAUCAUCCUUAUAACAGAUUGGAGGCUAGUUUUUAUGCUGGGAUGCACAGACACGCUUUUGCUUUAGUUGUAUCUUGGAUCAUUUUCUGUUGCGUCCAUGGAUACGCAGGUCUAGUUGGAGAAUUUCUUUCUUGGCGAGGCUGGGCGCCGCUCAGCAGAUUAACUUACACUGCUUACCUUUCCCAUUAUAUUUUUAUAUUAUCCCGAGCCGGAAGUGUGCGCACCACCGGCAAUUUAACGUCGAUGAGCGUGAUGUACGCAUUCUUUGGAAAUUUGUCAUUUACAUUGGCAUUUUCCUUACUCUGGAGUUUAUUUUUUGAAGUUCCUUUCAUAAUUUUGGAUCGAACAUUUCUAUCACGUAACAAGAAGAAAACUUCUUCUUCUUCUCCUUCGAAAAACGAUCAAAUUCAAAAGGAAGGAUAUCAUUCUUCGCUGGAAUCGAAGAAGGAAAUUUAUAAAAUGGUCGACGAUCCUUCCUGGUCGAGGACUUCAAUUACAAGUAAUGAAAAUGUUAUUGAAAUUGCUGGUACAUCUGCCGAAAUUGAUGUCAACAAUGAAGAUAUAACAAGCAAGAGGUUUAGUUUAAUGGAAGGGAAAACUGAUAAUGACAAUUGUACAGAUUGUAUUUACGUAAUUAACGAUUUCGAAUUAGAUAGUAACAGAAAUUCGUUUGUUAAAUCGGAUUUAGAGGAAAGACGAAGUUGGCCUGUAUGAAAAUGAUUUCUCACAACUUGUUAUUUUUUUUGUUUUGUUUUAUACUAUUGUAUAUAUUAUUACGUCGACAAAACGAUCGAAGCGUUUGUUUUUAAAUUGUUAAAUGCGCGUAGGUUAUUUUAAACGAGACAUUUUGUAUUAUCCGAAUGGCCAAGGAAUUUGAAGUCGACUACAGAAGUUUUUUUAGGCUUGACCUUUAAUUCUCUUACUUUCGAACAACAACGAUUCCACAUUCGGAUUAGAAAGUAACUAACGCCGAUUGCGGUAUUACACUCGUUUUGAUCAAACUUUCUUCCGUGUUUAAAAACUAGUUAAUAUAUAUUACGUAUAUACAGGAACAUUGAAAGUAUACGCACAGGAUAUAACAAUUGAUAUAUCGAUUAAACAAACUUAUUUAUCAUUUUUUAAACGAAAUAAUGUUAUUCCGUGAGAAAUAUUUUCCAAUCGUAUCUAUCGAUAACGAUGAAUGUCCAAGUGCGUUAUUUAAAUGUCCCAUACUGUAAAUAUUUGUACAGUACUAGAUAAAUAUUGUAAUGUAAAUAGAGAGAUCGUGUGUGUAUGUAGAUAUUUUUUAUUAUUAUUUAGAGAAUCUAGAGAGAAAAAUAUAAUAUAUUAUUUUAUAUUAUUUUUAUUGUGAAAAAGGAAAUCUA